AUGGCGAGCUCUCGCCUGUCUCUGCUGCUUCCGCUGUUCCUCGUCCUCGCCGUUUCCCUCGCGCCGUUGCUCUCCCCCCACGGAUCCGCCGUCGCCCAUUCGAUCUCCGGAAUUGAAGUCAGGGACGGCGAUAUCGACAGCUAUCUUAGGGGGAGUGCCAGUAACGAGGGGGACUCUGCCGCGGUGGCAGUGCCGGGAGCGGAGGAGCAUGGUGGCAGGAAGCUCCAGCAGCAAGUUGCAUGUGGAAAGGACUCCAUUCGCUUUACCAACCGCUUAGUUUCGGAUAACAUGAAUGGCUCCGCUACUGGCGGUUCCGGGAGCGGAGGAGCAUGUGCGCAGGUCGCUCCAGCGGCAGCAAGUUUCAUGUGA